AUGCGCCUGGACGUCAAGAGACAACUCUUUGCUCGCUCGGAGCGGGUAAAGGGCAUUGAUUUCCACAGUACCGAACCAUGGAUCCUCACGACCUUAUACAAUGGCCAUGCCCACAUCUGGUCCUACGAAACACAAUCCAUCAUCAAAACGUUCGAGCUCACCGAUGUGCCCGUGAGGGCGGGAAGAUUCAUUGAAAGAAAGAACUGGAUAGUGUGCGGCAGCGAUGAUUUCCAACUUAGAGUGGUCAACUGGAAUACGAGCGAAAGGGUCAAAUCAUUUGAGGCACACCCAGACUAUAUCCGCGCAAUUGUCGUGCAUCCUGUCCUCAGCGUGGUCCUGACAGCCUCGGAUGACAUGACAAUCCGCAUGUUUGAUUGGGAAAAGGACUGGCGAUGUGUGCGCGAAUUCGUUGGACAUCAACACUAUGUCAUGGGCCUCUCGAUCAACCCUAAGGAUACCAACGUCUUUGCAUCGGCAUGCUUAGAUCGCACUAUCAAGAUCUGGAGUAUCGACAAUGCCUCCGCCAAGCAGACGAUUGAAGCACAUGAAAAGGGUGUGAAUCACGUCGACUACUACCCACACAGUGACAAGCCUUACUUACUCAGCACUUCCGACGACAAGACAGUCAAAGUAUGGGACUACACCACUAAAGCCCUCAUUGCAACACUCGAAGGACACACCAGCAAUGUCAGCUUCGCCUGCUACCAUCCUGAAUUACCCGUCAUCAUAUCCGGUUCCGAAGACGGGACCAUCAAAAUAUGGCAUGCCAAUACAUACCGGUUGGAGCAAUCAUUGAGCUAUGGUCUGGAGAGGGCAUGGUGUGUUUCAUACCAGAGAGGAAAACAGGGUGUCGCAAUGGGCUUUGACGAUGGCGCCGUUGUUGUGAAAAUGGGCAGAGAAGAACCAGCCGUUUCCAUGGAUGGAACUGGGAAACUCGUCUGGGCACGACACAAUGAGGUAGUAUCUGCUAUCAUCAAGGGAGGAGAUGCAACCCUCAAAGAUGGUGCACCUAUUGCUCUUCCCAGCAAAGAAAUGGGCACCACCGAAAUCUAUCCAACCACAUUAUCUCAUUCACCUAAUGGCAGGUUUGUCAGCGUCUGUGGUGAUGGAGAGUUCAUCAUUUACACGGCAUUGGCAUGGAGAAAUCAGGCCUUUGGCUCAGCACUUGAUUUUGCAUGGGCAUCACAUCAGAAUCCAACGGACUAUGCCAUUCGAGAAUCUAGCACCAGCGUUAAAAUCUUCAAGAAACUGAAAGAAAGCGGAAGUCUCGAUGUGGGUUUCCAAGCAGAAGGUCUCUGCGGCGGUGCUCUUCUCGGCGUCAAGGGUCAAGGAGGUAUCGGCAUGUUUGACUGGGAAACUGGCACUCUAGUGCGGAGAAUUGAAGUCGAACCUACAGAGGUCUAUUGGAGCGAGUCGGGUGAACUCGUGGCCCUUGCCUGCUCCGACACCACCUACGUCCUCCGUUUUGACCGCGAAGCCUACCUUGAGGGCCUCAACUCGGGCCAAGCAGACGAAGACGGUGUCGAGGCUGCCUUCUCCGUUGUGACCGAUUUACAAGAAUCCGUAAAGUCGGGCGAAUGGGUCGGCGAUGCUUUCUUAUUCACCACCAGCACUCGUCUCAGCUACCUACUGGGCGAACAAGUCGUGAAUAUCGCUCAAUUCGACCAACCGAUGUACCUAUUGCGGUAUCUUCAACGUGAUGAACGCGUCUAUCUCUGCGACAAGGACGUCAACGUGGUCUCUUACAGACUUUCCACUGCCCUCCUCUCAUACCAGACGCUUGUCUUACGAGACGAACUCGAAGCCGCGCAAGAACUCCUCCCUGAUAUACCGCAAGAUCAAAUGAACAAAAUCGCACGCUUCCUCGAGGCCCAGGGCCACAAGGACCUCGCACUAGAAGUCGCCACUGAUCCUGAGCACCGCUUCGAAUUGGCGCUGGGAUUGAACAACCUCGCGAUCGCGCUGGAGAUUGCAAGAGAAUCCGAUACCCAAGCACGGUGGGCGGCUGUCGCUGACAAAGCCCUUGAAGCAUGGGACGUGAAACUUGCAGAAGAGUGCUUUGCUCACGCAAAAGACCUGGGUUCGCUGCUGCUCUUGUACACUAGCUCGGGCAACAAGGAAGGACUACUUAAACUCGCCCAGCAAGCGGAAGAAUCGGGCGCCAACAACGUCGCAUUUGCCGCCCUGUGGUCAACAGGUGAUGUGGUAGGUUGCAUCGACCUUCUCAAACGAACAGGAAGAAUCAGCGAGGCGGUGCUGUUCAGCCAGACGUAUAAACCGAGUUUGACGCAGGGUCUGGCGGUGGAGUGGAAAGAGGGUCUCGAAAAGCAAGGAAAGGGCAAGGUCGCGAGGCUCUUGGGCGUUCCCGGAAAGGGUCAGGACGAGGAGCUGUUUCCCGAGUGGGAAGAAUAUAUCAAGCUCGAAGAGGAGAUUGAAAGCGGGGAUGGACCAGCAGCACCGACCAAGGCGCACUCCGACCUUCUUGACGUGAAUGGCGAUGCUGAGAAGCAGCACGAGCCCGACGAAGCUUUGGAAACGAAUGGAGCCGCCGACACGGACGAAGACGGUGACGCCCCCGCUUGA